CUCACACAGGUGAGAAGCCUUACAGGUGUGAGGAGUGCAGCAAGCAGUUCAGUAGGCAGGGUGAUCUUAAGACUCACAUGCGGACUCACACAGGGGAGAAACCCUACAUGUGUGAGGAGUGUAGCAAGCAGUUCAGCCAGCUGGGCCAUCUGAGGACCCACAUGCGAACCCACACAGGGGAGAAACCCUACAGGUGUGAGGAGUGCAGCAGACAGUUCCGUCAUCUGUGUGAUCUGAAGGCUCACAUGCGGACUCACACAGGUGAGAAGCCCUACACGUGUGAGGAGUGUAGCAAGAAAUUUACUCAGCUGAGUAAUCUGAAGAGACACAUGCAGACUCAUACAGGGGAGAAACCCUACAAGUGUAAGUAGUGUAAGGGAUAGUUCAUUCAAAUGGGUGGUCUAAAACGUCACUGAUGCGCACUCACGCUGAGAAGAACAUCUUUUAGUGCGAGAUGUGCUACAGGCAGUUCAGUGAACUUUGCAGUCUUAGGAAGCACAUAUACAGACAUGAACAAGAAAGCUCAGGACUAGGAAAGUACUCGGGAGAUGUUGGUUAUGUAGCCAAUUUCAAGAAAGAUAUCCUACAAAUAUGGCCUACUUGUACAUUUAUGUUUUGUUCAUCUUUUUGUGUGCUAGCAUCUUUAACAUUGUAUAUGCAGCUUUUUAUUUCAUUUUAAAUUUUGUUAUGGAGUAUAUUACUUUUCUUAUCCGCUUACUUAUAUUUACUAAGUUUCUUAGAGUCAUGUAUGUUUGAUGUAUACGUAACUUUAUCUCAAUGCGUAUGCUGUGUUGUAACUUUUCAUGUCCAAUCAGUGCGGAACUAAUCCAGGGAUCGCAUUAUCUACGGCAUGUGUGUAGCUGUGAUAGCAAUUAAAAUGGUGAAAGCAGUUGUGCGAAGAAUGACGUGUUUUGCCACUACUAACAUCAAUUGCCGCGUUGUAGAAAGUUGUAUGUAUUACAGCAUUAUUAGCGUAUUAGCUAGCCCAUAGAUAUCUUUACUCUUCAAGCAGAGGUUCGGAUCUGGCUGUUUUUUUUUGGCGUGUUUUUACCAGGCAUUCUAUUUUGUAUUAUUUUCUUCAUGUCUACCAGCCGUAGCUGAUUUUUAGACAUGAGCCAGAACUCUCUUAUUAUCUUAUUACACUUUUCCUAGCUCAUGCACCUUUACCUUUAAUGGUAAGAUGGCAAGUGUUUGUAAGAUGUUUUGUAUACAUGUAGCGGAUACAAACUGCCAGAAUCGAAAACUUUUGAAAUCGUGUAAGAGCAAAGGACCGAUGAAAUUUAAAAUUCGGAUAACAGUUCAUGUCAACCCAAUGAUCCGAAGUCAUAUUUUAAGUUAUUAUUAGUAUUAUUGUUUGUAUUUGGUAGGGAUAUUAGAGGUCCGAUAAGUCACAUAGAAGCGUUAUUGUGUUAGUUAGAAGCGUUAUUGUUGUUUUUAUUUUAUAUGUUACAUUUGUUUAUUUACAGUCAUUU